CACAGAUUAGUACUGUACAGCCAACCGCAAUGCCGGUUAUUGUAUUACCGAGCAACAAAACCUAAACAAACCUUUCCUUCAUAUUGCGUGUGUUUUGCUCAAAUAUGUUUCAGAAAUGUUGUAACUAACCGCCUUUGGUUAGUUACCUUGAGUGGAAAAAGUCAUUUUGUCAUUUUAACCAGGUUGUCAGGUUUCCUACAAUGGCUGGAACAACCUUUUGUGAGGCGUCUGAGCUUUACAACAUUCUCAACCAGUACACUCGCCUGUCCAGACUGGCAGAGUUCAACUUCCUCUGUUUGAUUGAUGCCCGUGCUAAAGGACAGUACAAUGCCAGCCAUAUCAUUACUGCCAGAAAUGCAAAAUGGGACUCUAAAGGCAAACYCAUUAUGCCUGUAGGAGUGGAAGUGGAGAGUAUGAGGUAUAUUGUGGUUUAUGACAGCAGCACCAGUUCUUUACAAGGUUCAGGUGAGGCUAUUGAGUGCGCUGAGGCCCUGACAAAAUCAAGCCGCUAUCCUGUCCAGAUUCUGAAAGGAGGCUAUCAGAGGUUCUCAGCCUUUUAUCCUUUCUUCAGGACACAGAAAAUCCUUUACACCAUAAAGGAAUUGGAGAGCUUGAAACCUUAUCCAGUGGAGCUCUUACCAGGUCAACUCUACUUGGGCAAUUACAAGCAGGCCAUCAAUCCCCAUGUCCUAAAAGAUYUGAAACUGAGCGCCCUUGUCAAUGUCUCUGAAGACAGUUGUCACAUGUUUGAAAAAGGAAACCACACCAUCCUUCACAUCAAUGUGUCAGAUUCAGUGGAGGCUGAUCUGUACUCCAGUUUUGAGAGGAUUUGUGUUUUUAUUGCCUCUCGUCUCAACACUGGAUCUGCAGUUUUGAUCUUUUCAAGUCAUGGAAUAAGCCGCUGUAGUGCUGCGGCCAUGGCUUUUCUUUUGCACCACUUGAAAUAUACACUGGGGGAGGUCUGGGAGCAUGUCCUGCAAUGUAAAACCAACAUGAGGCCAAACCGAGGCUUUGUACAACAGCUGUCCGACUGGGAGCUGCACACACUGGGUAGAAGAAUGACUGAUAUUGCAGAGCCCCGCUAUUGAGAUGAUGGAUAAUUGUUCAUUUCAAUGAGUCUAGAAGAGCCCUGUAAAUCACUGGGACUAUGAUUACCCAAUGCAAAUAAAAAAAGACAUGGAUAUUUUUGUCA